AACAAAGUCAGUACAAGGAUCAUCAAUUUUGCUACCGACACAUAUCAUACCUGACAAUUAGGAGAACGAAAGUCCCAUAGUCGUAUCGUAUUAUCCAUCGAGGCACUAAGAAAUAUUUCAUCAGAAGGUGAAACAUCAAGAGAAGUGACAGCUUGUUUAUGCCCGGUAAAGUACCGAAGAUAUCGAUUCGUAACUACAUCAAGGUAGCGGAUUGUGUCAUCUUCUUUAGUAGAAGCAUGAAUUAGAGAAUUAGAAUGAUGAGAAAACCGACCCAAAUGUGCACCAUAUUUCUUACUGGCGAGCUCUUUGAUGAAUCUACUGAAGUUAAUAAACAUAAAUCCGUUAGAAGCAAAUAUUUUUUUUAUAAAAAGUUUCAGCUAUUUGACUUACUUUCCUGUUACACAAUUGUAUAGUUUUAAUGAAUCAUCUGUGGAAGACGCCAAACAAAGUUCUCCACUGUCGUCGAAACUUACAGAAGUAAUUUCACCGCCUGAUUCUGUAUUUCUUAACCAUUUUCUGGGCUCUAUUGAAGAUAAUAAGUCAUAUGUUAUUGGAAUUGUUGUCAUUCUGUAAUUUAUAAACUCAAACCGUUUUGUUAAAGCAUUGGUGGACAGACGAAACUGAGGAUUGGUUUUCAACAUAAAAGCCAUGGCCGAAUACUGGAAAAGCAUUCCCAAAUAUUUUUGUAAAUACUGUCAAACAUUUGUUACAGAUACUCAGCUCAUUCGACGGGAACAUGAACAGAGUUUUAAGCACAGGAAUGCAUUAAAGCGGUUUAUGGAUGAUAUUCAUUCAUCUAAUCUGAAGCGGUUAAGUCAAGCUAAAGAGAGCUCGCCUUCGAUUCCUGCUUAUACCCCAGAGCCGUUCUAUGCAUCUUAUGAAAAACCAAAGACAGAGAGGCAUAAACUACAUCCUGCAAAAAAGAAAAAUACACUAGACGAUUGGGAAAUUUCUGAUAGUAAUCAAACUGUCUCUUCUUCAACUAGCUACAUUCCUACACAGACUCAAGCCAUUCAAUAUGACGAAUCGACUAAUUCAGAAAAAGAGAAGAAGGAAGGAUAUACUUCAAAAUCUAGAGAAAAAGAGGAUUUCUCUUCAUUAAAAAGAAAUCGAGAAUCUAUCGAAAAUGAAGAGAAGGCUUCCUUUCAUUUUAAAGUAAGGCAAAAAAGUUUAGACUCAGAGGAAAGCUCUAAAGAUAGUACAGUCAAAGAACAAAAAGAGGAAGAGGAAGAGCCGAAAGUAAUUUUCAAAAAGAAAAAGUCUUCUGCCCGUCAAAAUCUAAAAUCCGCUAAAAGGGCUAAAGAUUAAGUUCCCGUUCCCAUUCAUGUAGAACUAAGAAUCUAAAAAGAAAUUAUUUAUUUUAUUAUUUUUAUAAAUAGAAAGUGCUCUUUUUCUAUAAGUUAACAUGAUAUCCAUAAAUGUUAAGGACGAACUUGCAAAAGACCCAUAGGGAAUCAGAAAAAAAGAAAAAAAAGUUAAAUCAUUAUAAAAGAUCGU